AUGUCUGUUGCGCAAACCGUCACCCUCCAGAAGGGCGAGCAGCCCACGGACAACGUCAUCAGCCUGAAGCCGUCGUCCAACCUCGUCGACCCGGCAAAAUGCCCGAGCCUGGCUGAUCUGAAGCGCGCCAUUCCGGCCCACUGCUUCCAGCCCAAGGUCGCCAUCUCCAUGGCCUACCUUGCUCGUGACAUCGCCAUGGUCUCUGCCCUGGUUUACGGUGCUCUGCAAAUCCACCACGUCGAGUCAUUUGCUGCCCGUACCGCUCUCUGGAUUCUCUACGGCGCUGCCCAGGGCUGCAUCUUCACCGGCCUGUGGAUUCUCGCCCACGAGUGUGGCCACGGCGCCUUCUCGAGGCACCAGCGUCUGAACGAUGUCGUCGGCUGGCUCUGCCACUCGGCCCUUGGUGUUCCGUAUUUCUCCUGGAAGAUCUCGCAUGCCCGCCACCACCGCUUCACCGGCCACAUCGACAAGGACCUCGUCUUCGUUCCGCGCACCGUUGAGGAGAUGGCCAAUAAAAUGGGCAUCUCCAUCAAGGCCCUUGAGGAGCUCACCGAGGACACGCCCAUUGUCACCACCAUCAAGCUGCUUGCCCACCAGCUCUUCGGCUGGCAGACCUACCUCCUCUUCAACGUCUCGGCUGGCCACAAGAGCCGUGUUCGCGACAACGACAAGAAAGGCUGGUUCAACGAGCGCGGCAGCCACUUCGACCCCUGGAGUGUUCUCUUCCUUCCCCAGCAGGCCCACCUCAUCAUCAUCUCCGACAUUGGUCUUGCUAUCACCGGCUUCAUCCUCUACAAGGCGGCUCAGGUUCUUGACUGGCAGACGGUUGCGCUCCUGUGGGUCGUUCCCUACGUCUGGGUUCACCACUGGUUGAUCGCCAUCACCUACCUGCACCACACCCACCCGGAUGUUCCUCACUACGGCGAGGAUACCUGGAACUUCACCGUUGGCAACCUCUGCACCAUCGAUCGCGACUUUGGCUUCAUUGGAACCCACCUGUUCCACGGCAUCAUUGACACGCACGUCGUCCACCACCUGUUCCCCAGGAUCCCCUUCUACUACGCCGACGAGGCCACAGCCGCCAUUCGCCCCAUGCUCGGCAACUUCUACAACGAGGACAAGAAGACCAACUUCCUGAACAGCCUGUGGACCACUUUCCGCAGCUGCCGCUGGGUCAAGGAGGAGAAGACGGCCCCCGCCCCCCAGGUUUACCACUGGGUCAAGCCUUCGUCCAAGGCUACGAACUGA